AAAACAAACCAGAGCGCGCACACGGCUGUCGGAGAAAUCAGGAGACACAAUAGACCAUAUUUUCGGGCAUCAUGGUGUUGGAAUUUCUUCCGUAAGCAAACUGUGAGGUAGCUAAUGUGGACGAUCUGUAAAAUCGCGUCUGUUCUGUCACACAAAAGCUGGAAGUUUCGCUGGAUUUAAAUGUUGCCAACCGAGAUUUCAGGAGUGUGUUUCACCUCAAGCGAUCACACUGAGGGAAGGAAAGAAGGAAUGAAAACUGAAGAGAACCAGCAGUCCUGUCUGCAACAGCCUCCGUCCUCCACGCCUUUUGGUCCAGAUUUCAGAGGAGGGGGAGAGGUGUGCGCGGCCUGCGAGUCUCCCAUCGCCGACCGCUUCCUGCUGCGCGUGAACGAGCGGUCCUGGCACGAGACCUGCGUCAAGUGCGCCGUCUGUCUGAGCGCACUUACCGGGACCUGUUACUGCAGGGACCGCCUGCUGUACUGCAAGCAUGACUAUGAAAAGCUCUUUGUAAGGAAGUGCAGUGCCUGCCUGCAGGUCAUUGGACGCUCUGAGCUGAUAAUGCGUGUGCUAGGACAGGUGUACCACCUGGAAUGCUUCAGCUGCUGCGAGUGUGAACGCCGACUGCAGAGAGGUGAUGAGUUUGUGCUGAAAGAAGGCCAGCUGCUCUGCCGCAUGGACUAUGAAAAGGAGAGGGAAAUGCUCGCUGCAAUUAGUCCUGCCCCAACUGAAUCAGUGAAAAGUGAGGAUGAAGAUGGCGGGGGAGGCUCCGGGAGUGGAAAAGGUGGUGAUGAAGGCAAAGAGCACAAGCGUUCAAAACGACCACGUACCAUCUUGACUACACAACAGCGGCGAGCUUUCAAGGCCUCCUUUGAAGUAUCGGCCAAGCCAUGCCGAAAGGUGAGGGAGACACUGGCUGCUGAGACUGGUCUGACAGUGCGAGUUGUGCAGGUGUGGUUUCAAAACCAGAGAGCUAAGAUGAAAAAGAUAGCUCGCCGACAGCAGCAACAGCAGCAGCAGCAGCAGGAACAGGAGCAACUGGGAGGGACCAGGAGAGGACCUAGCAGAGGGGGCCGUCAAAGCAAUGAUGACAGUGAGGAUGGGUCUAGUACUCAUGGUAUGGACAGCAUGCUAGGAUACCCGUCUCUGCCACGUCAGCAGCUACUUUCUCUGGACCCCAACAUCUACGGCGGAGAGCCAUUUCGACAUGGGCUGACACCUCCUCAGCUAAACAGUGAACAGAUCCACUCCUACGACUCAGAGACAGUCUUCCAUGAUUUGGAUAGCGAUGGAAGCCUCAGUCACCUUGGUGACUGUCUCCUGGCAACGGGAGAAACUGGUCUUCUGGCAGGACGAGUAGGAAACCCCAUCGACCGUCUCUACUCCAUGCAGAACUCCUACUUCACCUCCUGACCCUUAAAGACUCUCAUGUUUACCCUUCCUGUUCCACCUUUCACCCUGGAGAGGCAACUUGCCUAUGGGACUAUUCUUAAUUAAACAGGCUAGAGCCAAACAUAUUUCUGAGCUUUUAUCACUGGAACA